UUUUCGUGCUUCAACGCAAUGAAAUGUCAAAGUGAUUGGUGAGCUCUUACAUAAAUACGCGAGCCAGCAAUAUUUAUUUUCCGUCACAUAAAAAUUAGGCAGAAAAAAGAUGUUUGCAACAAUAUUACGCCGAAUUCCACAAGUAGCCGCAACUCAACGAAUCGCUGUCGCUGGCUACUGCAAACCAAUCUACAAGGUGCCAUCAGAUGAUAUCAACAAUGCGACCAAAUUCAAAGAAGCACCCAUUGUGGACAACACCAACAUUUUGAGCGAUGCUCGAACAUUGCAAGAACGAGAAAAUCAAUCCAAAUUUGUGACAAUUCCCGAAGAGAAAGAUUUGACACCAAUCUCGGGUGUUCCAGAGGAGCAUAUCACCACACGUCGUGUUCGAAUCAGCCUUCCAUCGAAAAAUUCCAUGCAAAGCGGAACCAAUAACUUGGACUACUGGAAAAUUGAGUUCGAUUCACGUGAACGAUGGGAAAAUCCAUUGAUGGGAUGGACUUCGACUGGUGAUCCUCUCUCAAAUUUGCAAGUGGAAUUCAACACCAAGGAAGAAGCGAUCGCCCAUUGUGAAAAGAAUGGCUGGAGAUGGUAUGUGGAUGGUGAAGAAAAGAAACCAGUUAAACGUACUAAGAACUAUGGCAUCAAUUUUGCAUGGAACAGACGUACUCGUGUCUCAACCAAAUAAAUUCGUUAUCCUCUUGUAAUCUUGUAAAUGUACUUGCAAAAUGAAAAAUCCGGAAUAAAACACAUAAACUCUAGAAUAAUGCAAAUAAA